CAGGAGGAGGACGACGCCGAGCGCGAGGCGCGGGAGAGGGAGGAGGACGCGCUGGAGCUGGAGGAGCGCUACGAGAACAUGCUCGAAGGCAUGUCGUGGGCGGAGCGCAUGGACGCGCUGGAGCAGCUGCAGGCGCUGGUGGCGCGCCACCCGGGCCGCGCGCUGGAGCUGCACCAGAAGCUGUCGUCGCCGUCGCGGCGCUUCACGCGCUUCACGCUGCCCGAGGCCCUGCGCCGCUUCCAGGCCAAGCAGGCGCGCGCCAAGCAGAAGCGCGAGCAGCUACGCCAGGCGCGCUCCCAGCGCCUGCGUGAGCUCCUCAAUAAGGUUGAAGAAGUGAAGGCUGCUCAAGCUCAGCUAUUGGAGGACAAACGCGCUCGUUUAGAACAAAAACUGCGCCGCGCCGAAGCUAAUCGCAACCUUCACUUGCGAGGCAUUGUUCGAAAGGCUCAUGAUGAAGAGGAGAAGCUGAAGGAGAUUGCAUUCAUCAAUGAACUGGAGGCCCAAAACAAGCGCCAUGACUUCUUGGCUCUGUGUCAAGAACAACAAGAAAGACUGCAGGGAAUACAGGAAGAACGCCAGCGACGUCUUGAAGAAAAGGCAGCCAAAGAAGCAGCUGCUGAGGAACGACGGAGAGUGUUGGAAGCUGAACGACAGGAACGUCUUGAAAAGAUGCAAGAAUUACGUCGUAAACGAGAGGAACGUGUUGGCCGUAAGCAACAAGAGCGAGAGAAGGAAAGGCAAGAACUUGCUCGUGAGAAAGCACGUGAUCGUGAGGAACGUCUGUCAGCCCUUCAUGCUGCUCAGUUAGCAACCCAGGAAGAAUUACAACGAAAAAUUCAACAGAAGCAGGAAGAUUCAGCUCGUCGUCAUGAAGAAAAUAUUGAACACAUUCGGCAACGAGCACUUGAGUCAAGCAUUAUGCGCUGUGCUACUGAUGACUUGGCUCCUAGACUGGCCCCCUAUGAAACUCUCAAACUUUGUAAAGCCUGCAAUGUUCUGAUUGGCUCGGAAGUGUACCUUAUCAGCCAUUUACGUGGUAAGAAGCACAUGGAGCAAAUUCAGAAGCAACAUGGACCUAACCCCACUCACGAGGAGCUCACUUCCUACAACAUCAAACACAUUGUUGACGCCCCUGCUGACCAGAUUGAUCCUAAAAUUGCCUUGGACAAGGAACGGCAGAAAGCUCUGAAGAAACGCUGCAAGAAAAUAAGACUGCGAAUGGCUGCAAGAGGUCAAGAUUAUGAAUCUCGGCGAGAGGUACCUGCUAAGACUGAGUCUCCCAACCGUGGGCGUUUGUUGAAGUGCUUAAGGGAUGUGGAGAAGCUGCACACCAGCCAGGGCAAGGGUCAGUGGUCCAACAACUCCAUCACGGGAUUGGAGCGAGCACUGGGUGAGAUCAGCAGAAUCCUCUCUAAACAGAAUGCAAUGGAUCAGUUGGCAUUUCAAGCACUUAAUGGUUUUACGGUUCUAUCCAAUAUUUUAAGUUUGGCUCUGGACGUUCCACCAAACAUGGCUCCUUACCUUCCUCAAAAGUGCUUUGUUACAACCUGUAACACUUACAGUCUGGCCUGCAAAGAAAAUACUGCAAACUGCAAAUAUGUUCUCCUUAGCAACAAAAUCAGUACAGUAUUGGACUUGUUGCUUCAUAGGCUUACGACAGAGUACUCCGCGCCCCGCACUAAUAUUCCACUCCAACCCAUGUUGCCGCUCGCUCUCCUUGACCGCCCAAGAAGAAACUACGAAGGCUUGCGCGCUCCUGAAGGGUUGUUUGAGACCUCCCAAAGAGAAGUGGAGGGCAGGGUUACCCGAGCCUUCAAGACCCGCCAGACAUGUGAAGAGGCCCAGGGAGCUUCGGACGUGUUUAGGCAGAGACCAUUCCAUGGCAGAUGGGGUAAAUCAAAGAAGAGGAGCCGGCGGGCAGGUAGAGUGAACUGGCACAGUAAGAUAGAAGUGGAGUUGGUUCGGAACGGAAUUUUCCUUGUAGAGAAAGUUUGCUAG